AUGGCUGAACUCGAGCCUCCAAGAAAGAGCGUCGAGCUCCAAGACCCCGGUGCGCACGAGCUCGAUUCAUCCGAAGGAGAGGACCAUUUCUCGGAUGCCUCUGAGGGCGACAAGGCCGAGGCCGACCGCAACAGCACCACCUCUCCCAUUCCCACAACGCGCGUCGAAAAGGUCGACGAUGAGCCCAGCCAUGGCGAUGUUCCUGGAACGGCUGCCUACGAAAUGCGCCAGGCCGACGCUGUGCCGGAUAUGAUCUUGAAAGCCCCAGAGGGGGGAAAUGAAGGAUCGCCAACAACUUCUGAUAGAUCGGAACCUCUAGACGAAGUCGACCAGGCGCCAAAGCCUGAAGAGCAAUCCGGAGAAACACACGAGGCGUCUCAUAACGACGAGGCGGGCUACGAAGCAAGCUCCCACGACAACAAUGACUUCGGCGAUGAUUUUGACGACUUCGAGGAAGGCGGUGAGGGCGAUGACUUUGGGGAUGAUUUUGGUGAUUUCGAUGAUGGCUUUCAAAACGCAGAGGGUCAAGAUGGCGCUGCUUUUGACGAGCCUGCCCCUCCCCCUCCUGUACCCGAACCAGCACCUUCACUUCCACAACUUAACCUCCAAGAACUUAAUAACGACGAUGAAAUCCUCGCUUCUACCCAGCCAUACAUUGAGAAGUUGUUUCCUUCUCCCAAUCUCGAUCAGCCAGUGAUCAACAGUGACAUAAACCCAUCGCCUCUCUCAGAAAGGAGCCUUUCCCUCUGGGCUCAACUAGUCGCGCCACCACCGCUACAGCCGCCAAACUGGGUCCGUUCUCGCAUUAGACGUCUGUUCUUGGUGUCUCUUGGUGUACCCGUCGACCUCGACGAGAUUUUGCCAGCGAGCAAGCAGAAGAAGCUGGUCCUCCCAUCAAUCAGCAUCGCGGGAGAACGCUCCCCACGAGGUUCCUAUGACGAAAGGGCGACUGGCGCAGUCUCCAAACUCAAGAAAGAGGACAAUGACUCAACCACUUCGGUGGACUCGUCUCCUCCCAAGGUGGAAAGUAAGCGGCGCGGCCCGCCACCGCCGCCGGAGCUUGAUAUUAGCUCGACGACGAUGCUCUGCUCGACUACGGAUGCGGCGCUGAACAACUUCACCAACACCGAGCUGAAAGCCCAUGUCAGGACACUUGAAGAACUGCGCAAACGAGCUGAUGAAGUCCUGGGUUACUGGCUCAGGCGCAUGGAGAGCGCCAUAGGGGACAAAGAGGCCUUUGAGGCAGUCAUUGCGAACCUUGUCGAGCACGCAAAGAAGGUUAGGAAAUAAGUCCCCUGCACAAAGACGCCAGCCGGGGCCGCCCUGGACGUGGCGUCUGGUGUUCCGCGCACUAGGAAGAUUGGUACCCACGGCAACGGCAAGGCGCUUGCGCGGUGCGAUGGUCAUCCCCAUAUCAAGUGCGACCCUUUAUCUGCACCUGAAGCGUCCUACUUAGUUAUUUCCUAAGGCCAAGGCAUCUGCGCCUGCGCCGAUCGACCACAGCCAAUCCGAUCGGGCUCUGAGGGUUGGCCGGAUCGACGCGACGAUC